AUGAAGAGGGUGCCAUUUUUCCAUGACAUUGGGCACGAGGUGGAGUUGUGGUGGGACAAAGGGACAUGGGGUUUCAAGAACCAAUGUGUGGAAUGGCAUGCAAACUGCAACUACAUUGCAACCGGAUCUAGUGACAAAACUGUUCGUUUGUGGGAUGUACAGAGUGGGGAGUGUGUUAGAAUUUUUAUCGGUCAUAGGAGUAUGAUUUUAUCCCUGGCAAUGUCACCUGAUGGUCGGUACAUGGCAUCUGGUGAUGAAGAUGGCACAAUAAUGAUGUGGGAUCUCUCGACUGGUCGUUGUGUUACUCCUUUGCUGGGUCAUACUUCCUGUGUCUGGACACUUGCUUUCAGCUGCGAAGGUGCACUUCUUGCGUCUGGUUCUGCUGAUUGCACUGUGAAGUUAUGGGAUGUGACAACAAGCACAAAGAUGCUAAAACUAGACGAAAACAAAAGUGGAAAUGCAAACAGACUCAGAUCAUUGAAGACUCUACCUACCAAAUCCACUCCAGUCUACUCUUUGCAGAAAGUUGUUCCAAAAUAUUGGUGUAUAUUCCUGGAACAGUUCUCAAGAAGGAAUCUUCUCUUUGCUGCUGGGGUUCUCUCAAAAACUGCAUGA